AUCCAACAACCUUUAUCCCUCUUUUUUUAACCGUCACGUUCUUUAGUUUGGCGCUAAAAUAAACUCCCACUCCGUAUUUAAGAAACUGGUUUGAUUUUAAGCACUCCGUAUUCCUGAAGUCACCGGCAAUGGCGAGAAGGUACACGACGCUGCGAAAGAAACUCAGGGAACUCGAAACGGCGGUGGUGGAGUUGUUCACCCUUCCGCCGGAGUCGCCGCACCGCCACCGCCUCUCGGACGGCGUGGAGGAGCGCCUCGGGGCGCUCAAGGCGCUUUUGUCGUCGGAGAUGUCGUCCGUGCCAGAUGCAAACCCGGACAACCUGCUCCAGAUCGCCGAGAUUCUCUCCGAAUUGGACAUGGCGUUCAGGUGCGCGGCGGCGGUCGGCAGCGGCGGAUCGGACCGCGGUCGGAGUCCGAGCGGCGACGGCGAUGCGGGAUCGGUCGAUAUGUCGGAUCUCGGCUUCAAGGUUUACGACGUUCCGGAGGAGUUGACGGAGGAUCGUGAAGGAGAAGAGGAAGGAGAUCGGCGCGCGUGGAGGACGGAUGACGGCGUCAACGAAGAGCCGUCAUCGGCGGUGAGGGCAAAUGUGGGAAGUGAUUAUUAUAGAGCGUGGGGUGUUGGAGCGGUGCUGGGAGCCUUUUCCAUGGUUGUUCUUAUGUCGAGAUUUUCUAUUUGUUCUCACGAUGUUAAUUAUUUAGGUCCGUUUACUCCUACUUAAAAUCAUGUGUAUUGUUAUAUAUGUAGGCUUGAGUAGAGGGUUCUUAACAUUUUUUUAAUUGUUUCAAAGACCAAAGAAGAUGUUCUUUGUGUCACAUUAAUUUGGAUUUGAAUGAUAAUUAUUAUGGGGGAGGAGAAUAUGUUAUGCUAAAUUUUUGUAUCUCCACAUUUAAAUUUAUGCAUAUACAUUUAUGGAGUAUUUUAUAAAAUUUUCAUAUUUCAUGUUUUGGAAUAAAAAAUAUAUAUAAACCGAGUCCGUAUAACACUUGUGUUGGAUUAUGUGAGCACUAAAUCCUUUUGCUUAAUUAAAGGACCCAUCUUACCCGAGUUUCAAAGGAAAAAUUUUGGACUCAUUCUUUUAAUUUGCUUGAAUAAUAUGCUUCAAUUCUG